GUUGCGAUAGAGCCUCCCGGAGAGGGGUGGCAAUCGUUAUAUAAAUCCUAACUAGCCCACUCAGUCACAUAUGCCUUGUGGUUGUUCAGAACUGUGUUACAGUUUGUUUGUAAACAGUGCAGUGUUGUGAUUUGCAGCCAAAAUGAAGGCAUUUCUCCUCACCCUCUUCCUGACGGCAUCAGUUCUAGCCGAACCGAGCAAAGUCAUAGAAAAACGCAGUGGCAUAGGGCACUACGCAAGCGCACCCCUCAUCGGGAAUGGAUUGGGCCUGGGUCACGGGUACGGGCUCGGGUACAGCGGCCUGGCAUUGGGCCACGGCGCAGUGGUCGGCGCUGACGUCCACACGACAGUUACGAAGCAUGUUGGUGUGCCCGUACCCGCCCCUUACCCGGUCGCUGUUGACAGGCCCGUGCCGUACCCUGUAAAGGUUGCAGUACCCGUAGCAGUGGACCGCCCAUACCCAGUCCAUGUACCCAGGCCGUACCCAGUGGCUGUAGAGAAGCCAGUAGCUGUGCCCGUAGACCGGCCCGUUCCGGUACCUGUACCGCAUGCCGUUCCGGUCCCCGUUAUUAAACAAGUCGGUGUACCCGUGCCACAGCCGUAUCCCGUCGCUGUACCCAAACCCGUCGCUGUACCCGUACCCGCGCCAGUCGCCGUUCCCGUGGUGAAGUCAAUAGUCGCUCCCGCAUUACACGAGGGCAUCUCCCUGGGCCACCUGAGCCACGGCUUGGGCCACCUGAGCCACGGCUUGGGCCACGGCUUCGGCCACGGCUUAGGCCACAUCGGCCUCGCGCACGGGUACGGCCACGGCCUCUCCGGUCACGCCAAGUUAUGGUAAUUUCAUUCGUAACAUUGGCGUUUCGUAAUAAAUCACAAACGUUUACAUAGGGAUGGGUUGUUGGUGAACGUCCAUUGUUUGUUAUUAAACUAAAAUAUCAGAUUCUAGUAUUAAAAGGUACUAUUUCAAAAAAAAAUGUUAUGAGUAUGAUCGUAGUCUUAUCAACAAGUACUCUUAAAAUCUUGCUGAGUACGAAAUAAUAUAAAAUUCAUUUCAAAAUAUGAAAAUUUACUUUUCAGCUGGUCUGAAACUUUAUCAUUUGUUGAUUUAAUACGAAACGUAGUUAUGUUACAAAAUGACAUGUUUUUAAUUUUCAUAAGGGCUUUUUUACAUAGUCAAACAACGAAUGUAUGAAUAUUUUAUGUGAUGUAGCUUUAGUUAGGCUUAGGAUGGUGAGUCUUCUGCAUUUUGGAAGUAAGUCAUAUUAUUAUGGUGGAUUUAUGGGAUGAUGUAGUUCGAGUAUUAUUUUUAUGAGUCAGGAAAUUCUGAGGCCAUUGAUAUUUAAUUAGGUUAUAUAUUGUUCCAGUUUUUAACGUACCAAUUUUAUUUAUGUUUGUAAAAUGAAAAAUCAAAUUAAAUUUCAAUCAGUUUUGUUUCAUAUUUUUAUAUUUAAUAUACCAAUUGAAAUAUAUUUUAUAUUUUUUCUAUGUUAAUACGUUUGUGUAUUAUACUAUUUUGAGUUUCACUUGAUCUCUUUCAAAUUACAAGAAGCGAGAGGUGUCAAGUUGUACCUGGGUAUACUUUUGUAUAUAGAUUUCUUGUUUAGUUUUAAGUGCAUCGACAAAUAAGAGUUUAUUUCGACCGCAGUCGACUAAAAACUAUUUAGCGACCGACUUUUUGUAAUAAAAUGUAUGAAGAAUA